CAUCCAUCAUCCUCAUGGGUUUCUUCGUCCCCCUGGCCCUCCUUAUAGCAGCCGUUUGGUGCACUGUCGGCAUCCUCCUUGCAAGAUGGCUCAAGCAAUCUGGUCACGCGCGGCCGUUUAAAGGAAGAACUUUCAGUAGCAGGGAGUUGUAUGGUGGUGGUGUGGGGUAUGGGAGAGUGGAAAAUAGUUUUGGACAAGGAGCGGCGAGUGAGGGGAGAGGGCAAGAAGGCAGGGAGAGGGGGGUCGGUAUUCCUCUGACAGGGGUAGGAAGGGUUAAGGGCGUUUGAUUAGAGACGGAAGAGAAGGUGCUAUGCGAGCAUAGGUGAUAGAUGAUCAACGUACAGUUCUGGCUCCUGUAGUAUCGUGACUGGAUUACUUAGAGAGAUAGUCGUUGUUGUCGGUUCAUCUCCGAUCGAUUGGUUACCAUGUUUCGCAUUCACUUCGGGGGUGUGGGUUUGUGCGUUUGCACAUGGCCGAUCACGCAUUCACUUUCAACAACAACACCAAUGUUACGUCAUUCUCUUGGUUCUCCAGCCAACUAAGGCAUUCAAAUUUCUGCCUGGAAGAUAUCACAACACUCGCGUCGAGCCUGCACGUUCCUUCGAUCACCACAUCCUUUGUCUAUUGCUCUUCUAGCCUUAAUACUGCCGGAAUCAGACUUGCAUUGCGCAUAUCAACAGCUUCAAAGUAACAUCCUGC